AUGGCCGUCCAUGACACUGUCACAGCGGUACCGGACAUGAUCGCGUACAUCAACGCUCUAAUUGACAAUGCACUCGCCCAAGUACCAGCAACAGACCCGGACCCGAAGACAUUGGAAAGACCCUUACCUUUCUACCAGGGCGCCGUGAAAACACACAUUCGGUUACUUGAGGAUACUCGUCAGGUGCUUCACACAAUGUCUGAGGACAUCAAAGUGAAAUACAGAGCUGAACCCAUGUUAUUCCAUCCUGAUCUCCACAAACGUAACAUUUUUAUCUCAGAUGAUGAUCCCACGAAUAUUACGGCUUUUAUUAAUUGGCACUCUGCCAGUAUUGAGCCUGCUUUUUGGUAUACCGGGACGACUCCUGAUUUUGUAAAGAGUCAAUCACUAGAGGCGGUGCGCGUUGGACCUACUUCGACAGAUUCUUCCGAAAGUGCCGCAGAACUAGAGAUAAUGACUCAGUCUUCAAAGACGCCAGAUGAAACAAAGUCGAAUCCCAGCCAGAGUCCAGCGAUAUGA